AUGAAAUUCUUCACGUUGGCGACCGUUUUGAGCAGUGCUGUGACACUCGCGAGAGCCGAUUUUGCGAAUGUUACAAGCAGUGCAUCGCUCUUACCAACGUCCGUCUUGCCCCCAACGACGGUCACCGACUACGAGGUAGUGACAGAGUUCACGACGUACUGUCCGGAACCAACGACGUUUAUCACGAAUGGUCAGACUUAUACUGUUCACAAUGCCACUACCCUGACGAUUACCAACUGUCCUUGUACCAUUCCAGUCACUUCUAUUGUCGAGGCUCCAAAGACUGUUACUGAGGUCGAGGUCGUGACAGAACUCACUACUUACUGUCCUGAACCCACGACAAUUGUGACAAAUGGUGCAACUUACACUGUCACUUCCGCGACGACAUUGACUAUUACCGAAUGUCCUUGUACCGUGACCAGGACAUCUACUAUAAGUUCCAGCGCGCCAGCUUCCAGCGUUCAUGCUUCCAGCGCGCCAGCUUCCAGCGUUCAUGCUUCCAGCGCGCCAGCUUCCAGCGUUCAUGCUUCCAGUGUGCCAGCUUCCAGCGUUCUUGCUUCCAGCAUUCCAGCGCCCGGUACAUCUACUCAUACCACCUUGAGCACUUUGGCACCAACUUCUAGACCAGGGGCUGUUUCUACGCAAUCUAUGAGCACUCCUAAUAUACCAACAGCCUCCACUUACACUGGUGAUGCCAACAUGUUGCAACCUGGUAACCUGGUUGCCAUUUUGGCCGCUGCAGGUGCUCUUGUGAUGUAA